AGCAAUAUGAGUAACUCAUUGGUGAUAGUCGGCUGCCUGCUGGUGACCCUCUUCGUGGCCCAUCUCCCUGCUGGCCAGGCAGUCACCUGUGCCGACGAUCCCAGUGAUGCGGCCUGCAUCGAUUGCACGGACACUGCGAAUGCGAGCAACGCCGAGUGCACCGCCACCACGGUGGCUCCCGAUGCCGCGACACCCGCCGCCGAGGAAACCACCGCCGCCGAGACAACCACCGCUGCCACUGCCGCCGGAGACUCCACUACUGCCGCCUCCGCCACGGACACAACCACAGCGUCCUCGGCAUCGGGCACUUCCAGGAAAAGGGUCAAGAGGACCUUCAAGCGGAAGAUCAAGCGGGCCAACAAGAUCAAGAAGACGAGGCGCAGCAGGAACAGGAACAGGAACAACCGCAGCAGGAGUAACUCUGGUUAA